GCCAACAACUUCCCGUUCCGGUCGCCGUCGCGACUCACGCCGCCUCCUCGCUAGCGGCUACCCUACUAUCUACGCCGCCACGGCACCUCCCCCAUGAGAUGAGAGCCGCAGCCGCAGCCGCAGCCACAUCCACAGCCGCCGCGCUCCUCGCCCCGGGUCUAAAGCUCUGCGCGGGCCGCGCGCGCGUCUCCUCCUGCCGCCUCCCACUCCGCCGCGUCGCCGCCAUGGCCUCCGCCCCCAACUCCUCCUUCCGCCCAGAGGAGGCACGCUCCCCUCCCGCCCUCGAGCUCCCGACCCCGCCGCUCUCCAAGUUCAAAGUGGCGCUGUGCCAGCUCUCGGUAACGGCGGACAAGAGUCGCAACAUCGCGCACGCGCGCGCGGCCAUCGAGAAGGCGGCCUCCGACGGCGCCAAGCUCGUGCUCCUCCCCGAGAUAUGGAAUGGUCCGUACUCAAAUGACAGCUUUCCAGAGUAUGCCGAGGACAUUGAAGCUGGCGGAGAUGCAGCCCCUUCAUUUUCAAUGAUGUCGGAGGUUGCUCGCAGCUUACAAAUCACUCUUGUUGGUGGGUCCAUAGCUGAACGUUCUGGCAAUAACUUGUACAAUACAUGCUGUGUCUUUGGUUCAGAUGGCCAGCUUAAGGGUAAACAUAGAAAGAUCCAUCUUUUCGACAUUGACAUUCCAGGAAAGAUCACUUUCAAGGAAUCAAAGACUCUUACUGCUGGGCAGAGUCCUACUGUUGUAGACACAGAUGUUGGGCGAAUUGGUAUUGGUAUAUGCUAUGACAUACGUUUCCAGGAAUUAGCAAUGUUGUAUGCUGCAAGAGGUGCUCACUUGUUAUGCUAUCCUGGUGCAUUCAACAUGACUACUGGACCACUGCAUUGGGAGUUGCUGCAAAGGGCGAGGGCUGCAGACAACCAGCUGUUUGUUGCAACGUGCGGUCCAGCUCGAGAUACCAGUGCAGGUUAUGUUGCUUGGGGACACUCCACGCUUGUUGGACCUUUUGGAGAGGUGAUUGCAACAACUGAACAUGAGGAGACGACUAUAAUAGCAGAUAUUGACUAUUCACUGAUUGAGCAGAGGAGGCAAUUUCUUCCUCUGCAACACCAACGUCGUGGCGAUCUCUAUCAGCUGGUAGAUGUCCAGAGACUGGGUUCUAAUUAGCAAGCCUGGAUGUGGCUGCGAGGCUGUGACGAAGCAGGAGAGCAGUUGACUGUGCAGGCUUGCUCGUACUACUUCGUUCAUGAGCUGCAUGUCCAUGCCCUGUCUACUGUCUAGAGAUCGAUCAACCUGAUGUGUGAAGGUGGAGCCGACGGAAUAAGGCGACUAUAGUUUGUACCUUCAGUGUAUGUGCCUCAAGUUGCCAAAUAAAUUGAUUACUUGAACGUAUGAAGAAAACCUCUCUCCAUGAAACAAAGAUAAACGGAGGAUUUGCUCCGAUUUCCCUUUGGGUCCUGCCAGUUUGAAGUUUGAACUAGCUUGUGCGCGACC